GAAUGCAACAUACAGCAUCGGUAUUAACAAACGGAAAAGUGCUUGUUACUGGUGGUUUAGAUGAUAUGCGACGUUAUGUCAAAAUCUCUGAGUUGUACGAUCCAUUAACAGAAACAUGGACAAUUACUGGGAACAUGAGUUUUCCACGUGCUCAGCACACAGCUUCCAUAUUAAGAAAUGGAAAAAUAUUAGUUACUGGUGGGAUGACUGAGAGUUUAAUACGAUACAGUACUGAGCUGUAUGAUCCAGCGACAGGAAUCUGGAUGGUCGCUAAUAAUAUGAACCACGUACGGGUUCUUCAUACGGCAACCGAAUUAGAAAAUGGAAAUGUGUUAGUAGCUGGUGGAGACGGAGGUGAUAAUAGUGCUGUUAAUAGUGCUGAGCUGUAUAUUUCACCGAAAACAAUUUCAGCAACUAUCAAUAAAAAGAACAAUCCACCAAAUAGUCACAAAGCUCCAAUGACGAAGAGAACAUUAAAUAAGGAUGGGCACUAA